AUGGACUGUACAGAGAAGACAAGAAAGAAAUACUUCGAAGGAGAUUCCAUGUCUGGUGUUGUGGAUGAAGUAUCUGUUGAUUGCAGAGGCAGACCCUGGAAGGCUAACAAGCAUGGUGGAAUAACUGCUGCUGUAUUCGUCCUUGGUCUUCAAGCAUUCGAGAUGAUGGCGAUUGCCGCUGUUGGGAACAAUCUAAUAACUUAUGUCUUCAAUGAGAUGCAUUUUCCCUUAUCAAAGUCUGCCAACAUAGUCACCAACUUUAUUGGAACUGUGUUCAUCCUCUCACUAGUUGGUGGGUUCCUCUCAGAUUCAUAUCUGGGGAGCUUCUGGACCAUGUUAAUUUUUGGAUUUGUGGAGCUCUCUGGUUUUAUAUUACUUUCCAUUCAAGCACAUCUUCCGCAACUGAGGCCACCCCAUUGUGAUAUGGUGUCUCAUGGAGAUCAAUGUCUGGAGGCAAAGGGCUACAAAGCCUUGAUAUUCUUUCUUGCACUCUACUUGGUGGCUUUAGGAAGUGGAUGCCUCAAACCCAACAUAAUAUCUCUGGGGGCUGAUCAAUUCAGAAGGGAAGACUCAAAGCAAUCCAAGAAGCUCUCAACUUACUUCAAUAUAGCAUACUUUGCUUUUUGCAUGGGAGAGCUAAUUGCACUGACUCUUGUCGUUUGGGUCCAAACUCAUUCUGGAAUGGAUGUUGGAUUUGGCGUCUCAGCUGCUGCUAUGGCAAUGGGAAUGAUAAGCUUGAUUUCCGGUACGCUUCUUUAUAGGAACAAACCACCAAGAGGAAGUAUCUUCACUCCAAUUGCUCAGGUUUUUGUUGCUGCAAUAACAAAACGAAAGCAAAUCUGCCCUUCAAAUGUACAGUUGCUCCAUGUAAGCCAAAACAAUGUGCCAAACCAGAUUCCUGGUAUGUCGGCCAAUGUCAGCAACCUUCUUCAUACAGACAAGUUCAGAUUCCUUGACAAGGCAUGUAUCAAAAUCCAGGAUGGAAAAAAAGAGAGUCCGUGGAGACUAUGCACAGUGACCCAAGUCGAGCAAGUGAAGAUAAUCAUCUCGGUUAUUCCUAUAUUUGCCUGCACCAUCAUUUUUAACACCAUUUUAGCACAGCUCCAAACAUUUUCAGUCCAACAAGGAAGUACUAUGAACACGCGGAUCAUGAAUGGAUUCAAAAUUCCACCAGCUUCCUUGCAAUCGAUUCCUUACAUCAUGCUUAUUUUUGUUGUUCCACUAUAUGAAACAGUAUUCGUUCCUAUUGCUAGAAAAAUCACUGAAAAGGAUUCUGGAAUCACUCCUUUACAAAGGAUUGGGAUCGGUCUAUUUGUUGCAACUUUCUCAAUGGUUGCAGCUGCCCUGGUGGAGAAAAAAAGAAGAAUCUCAGCCUUACAUUCCAAUGAGACUGUAUCCAUCUUUUGGAUUGCUCCACAAUUUCUUAUCUUUGGGCUAUCAGAAAUGUUCACCGCAGUAGGUCUUAUAGAAUUCUUCUACAAACAGUCCUUGGAGGGGAUACAAUCAUUUCUAACGGCCAUGACUUACUGCUCAUACUCAUUUGGGUUCUACCUUAGCUCCAUACUUGUUUCCCUUGUGAACAGAAUUACAUCCUCUUCCUCUCAUAGUCAUAGUGGCUGGCUUAGUGACAACGACCUCAACAAGGGCAGGCUAGACCUUUUCUAUUGGAUGUUAGCCACUCUUAGCCUCCUCAACUUCUGCAAUUAUCUUUUCUGGUCUUCAUAUUAUUCUUACAACCCGUCUCUGUCACUUGGUGAACCACAUGAUGAUCAGUAUCAUGAACAAGACCUCGAAAACCAAGGCAGGGAAACAUUGAAGCAUAUGAAUGAAUGCAGCCGGAUAUAGUACCCUAGAAUAAGAUUUUCCUUAUGAUAUUAUUCUAGGUAAUUACCUGCCUAUUGCUCAUGUAGUUGAAUUACCAAAGUAUAGUCUUAGAAACAUUGAAGCAUAUGAAUGAA